ACACGUCGUAUCGCGAGAUUCCGUCGUUUCUGUCUGUGUUUGUGCGAAGUGGUCUGCUAAUGAUGGCAGCGGUGAGUGUUAGCUAGCUAGUUGGCUAUAAUUUGAGAUGGACUGAGGUAUGUGGAGCAAUACUUACUGCAGACAGUAGGUUCCAGCGUUGCCCCCCCAAUCCCUGCCAGGAUGUUCCCAGGCCUGGCCCAAAGACCGUGGCAUGUGUUCUGUAGGGUUUACCUGAGACAGAGAGCCUCCUUGUCACAAAGAGCUCCAAGAGUGGGACGACCAUGUCAAGGGUGGCAGAAUGCGGGUGGAGUGCACAGCCUCUGGUUCAGUCUCCAUGACAGCCACGUGGCAGCUCUCGCGGUGGGUCAGAACCAGUACUACUCCACCACCAGCGGCAGCAAAGACGGGUCCUCGUCUGGGCCCGAUAAACCCGACACGCCUGAGAAGGCCCCGGAAACUGCUCCUCAGCCCGAUGUGCCCGCUGGAGAUACAACUGCACAAGAUCUCGCAAUCCCUGGCCCAGCUAAGGCUAUCCAAGUGAAAGUGAGGGCGGUACUGAAGAAGAGGGAGUACGGUGCGAAGUACACCCAGAAUAACUUCAUCACUGCGGUUAGAGCCAUGAACGAGUUCUGUCUCAAACCCAGCGACCUGGAGCAGCUGCGGAAGAUCCGCCGACGCAGUCCCCACGACGACACCGAAGCGUUCACCGUCUUCCUGCGCUCUGACGUGGAGUCAAAGGCUCUGGAAGUGUGGGGUAGCCAAGAGGCACUCGCCCGGGAGAGGAACCUGAGGAGCGAGGUUGAGAGGGAGUAUAAAGAAAAUUUAUUUCGGAAUCAACAACUUUUGAAGGAAUAUAAAGAUUUCUGGGGCAACACAAAGCCUCGAUCGGGUAAGCGGACCACAUUUUUACAAGGCCCGGGGAAGGUGGUGAUGGUCGCCAUUUGCAUAAACGGGCUGAAUUUCUUCUUCAAGCUCUUGGCUUGGGUAUACACUGGAUCAGCCAGUAUGUUCUCCGAGGCCAUCCACUCACUAGCCGACACCUGCAACCAAGCCCUGUUGGCUUUGGGCAUUAGCCAGUCAGUAAGGAACCCGGACGCGGUGCACCCGUACGGCUUUACCAACAUGCGCUACAUCGCCUCCCUCAUCAGCGGGGUGGGCAUCUUCAUGAUGGGGGCGGGGCUGUCCUGGUACCACGGCAUCAUCGGCCUCCUGCACCCGCAGCCAAUCGAGUCCCUGCUCUGGGCUUACUGCAUUCUGGCUGGCUCCCUGGUCUCAGAGGGAGCUACGCUGCUGGUGGCGUUCAAUGAGAUUAAAAAGAGUGCUCAACUCCAAGGGUUGUCUUUCUAUGACUACGUGAUGCAGUCUCGAGACCCGAGCACUAAUGUGGUCCUGCUGGAGGAUGCAGCUGCUGUGCUGGGAGUUAUCCUGGCUGCCAGCUGCAUGGGCCUCACCUCUCUCACUGGUAACCCGUACUACGACUGCCUGGGCUCCCUGGGCGUGGGCACGCUGCUGGGCGCCGUCUCGGCCUUCCUCAUCUACACCAACACCGAGGCGCUGCUGGGCCGCUCCAUCCAGGCCGAGCACCUGCAGAAGCUCACCGAGUUCCUGGAGAACGACCCCGCCGUCAGGGCGAUCCACGAUGUGAAAGCCACAGACAUGGGCUUGAACAAAGUGCGUUUCAAGGCGGAGGUGGACUUCGACGGGAGGGUGGUGACGCGGGCCUACCUGGAGAAGCAGGACAUCGAUCAGAUACUCAGCGAAAUCCAGCAGGUGAAGACUGCAGAGGAGCUGGAGAACUUCAUGCUUAAGCACGGGGAGAACAUCAUCGACAUGCUCGGGGCUGAGGUUGACCGGCUGGAGAAGGAACUUAAGCAACGCAAUCCGGAGGUGCGGCAUGUUGACCUGGAGAUCCUGUAGAGCCGGGGGGGGGGCCGUGUCUGGAACCCCCCCCAACCAGGAAGAGGCAGAGCCGAGGGCAGAAUACUCCUGGAUCUUCACCACCCUUUCCCAAACAGCUCAUCUUAAGUCUUACUACAUAGAAGUUCACAUCAACAUGUUGAACCUUCAUUCCCCUCCCCCUCGCUCCCUGCCCCGCCAAUGUGUGACCUUUGCCCCGGGGCGCAUUUUUGGUGACCCGACCACACCUUGACCGCAGCUGUUCAGGUUCCGACCAGAAAGUAUCCGGCAAAUGCAGCAGUUUUUAUUUUUCACUAUGGUUACGAAUCAUGUGAACUGAACUCUCGACCAAAUCACGCAAGUUUCGCCGCCUUGGUGACAAGGCCGGUGAUUGUCCAUCUGUAAGCUUUAAGAGCGACAUCCCCCAGCCCGCGCAGACACAUCUGCAGCUGGUCCCUUAAAUCGAGCAACCGCGGUCGGUCGCUGUGGUCGGAGCAGUAAAAAUGCGUUCCUUUCUCUGAUCACUCCCAGUGACUCACCUCUGGCAUUCCCGCCUCAUGCAGUGCAAGUACACGUAGAGCAAUCGACAAUGAAGUGUUUGGGCAACUUGUAAAGAUUGCCAUUGUUGCUUUUUGAAAGCAUUUGUCUGGUGGAUUGUGAAAUGGAUGGCAUGCUUUUUGCCCACAUUGUGACUUGUACAAAAAGAAAAUCAUUGUAGGUUACCAAAAUGCAUAAACAUAUGACCAUAUUAAUAUAGUUAUUUGUAAGGACAGCAGAACAAGAGAAAUUGUGUCUAGCGUGUUUCAGCAAUGGAAGGAAAUUGUAUUUCAGAGUCGGUCAAUUAAAGAAUUUAUAAUAUAGAUUUAGCAAAGUGAAUUGACUGAACCUGUAUUGCUCUUGAAGAAAAUUAGGCACUGCUGUAAUGUUGAAUGUAUCCGAGUAAACAGAUACACUUAGUUUGUUUAAAUUUUUUCCCCCAAAAAAGAAAGUUUUCCAAAAUUCCAAGUCUAUUCCCAUACCAUAGCUGAAAUGCAUAUUUUAAAAGUGCAGUUGUUGUACCAUAGUCAUAAUUCCAAAGACUUGACGUCAUUGUGUUAUUAUUUGCCUUUCCGUGGUGGCAUAAUUGAAUUAGAACAGUAGGACAGACCCAUGCAAACACAUGAAGCAUCUUCUCAAUGUAAAUAUAAUUUUCCCCUCGACUUUUCCAGUCGGAAGUUAUUUUGCCAUUGAACGGUAGGCCGUUGGCGUUUGCUGCAUUUCAUUUGCGUACCUCGUCACCCCCCAGGGUACUGCUUGACGCUCCGAACGGUGCCGCGAAAAGUGGUCGUCUUGCGACCGCUAGGCUUGUGCUAAUUGCUAACAGGUGAAAAGACGGUACGCUGUCAUCCAAACCUGAAGGAUCGAGCUGCCCUGUGAGCGAAGCCGAUGUCACUCAGCUCAGCACCUCAGCGGCUGUCUGUGAUACUCAUUUUAAGCACACUAAAUUAGACGCGUGGCCUGUCGUGUUCCCAUGUGAUCAAGUCAUACCUGUUAAAAUACAGAACUCCAAAUAUAAUAUUUCAAAUUUGUGAAAACUGUACUGAAUAUAUUGUAAAGUGAAACUUAUUUCAAUGUGUGUAAUUUUGUGUAUACAUUGUAGAAUAUAUUGUAAAAUGGCCUACUAUAAAAUAUAUUCUAGAAUCUAUGCAUGAAAUUGUAUAUGUGGAAAUAUCUGCUUAUGCGUUUGUGUUGACACGCAAAUGCAGUUGUAAAAAUACCUGGUUUUUGUUGUGUUGGUAAUUGAUGACCAUUACAGUCUGCAGAUUCAUACUGACUUGAUGUUCUUUGCACAUACAGACUUAAAAGAAAAGACCUUCAAUUUUCAUGAAAACUACCUCUUAUAUUCUUAAUUUAUUUGCGAGCUCUGACAAGAAAAGGUUUAUUCUGAUGGUUUUCUAUGAGGUUGAAGAAGCACCUUUUUUGACUGCUUAUGCAAUGAACAUUGAGUGAGAACUCAGGUUGGUACGCCCUAUUGUUGUUUUGUUUUUGUAGAAGUUUUAUUUCUUGCUGAGAAUCACACCAUGUAAUUAUGUAUGUGUAAAUGUGUGUAUAUAUAGACAAACACACAGAUAUGUACACUUAAAUGAGGCGGUAUUUAUAGCAAGAAAUAAUUCAGUUUACCAAAAAAGGCAUUCUAUAACACAUUUCACAUUUAGCCUUUGGGGUACCUCCAUUUCAUAAGAUUUGUUUUGUGAUCAUGUACAAAAUCUGGACUGCUAUUUUUUCAAGCUUCUGAUCCUCGACAGCAGAUUAAACUACUAAAUUGUUAAAAUGAUUACACGUCUGCAUGGCUGCCUUUACCCACUGCUUUUUCUGUAUAAAACUCAAGUUGAAUAUUUAUAGGCAAAAUCCCGUGGUGCAUCAAACUGCUGUGAAAAAUGGGUCGUUUUCUUCGGCUUAAUUCCACGUCACAGCAACUCUGUCUGUGAGGCCAAGCUGGAAGUGGAAACCGUUUGGGGCAGUCAUCUGCAAGAUCAGACCCCUGCAUUGGACUCUUUGGCAGAACUGUGGUUCUGUGUGUUCUGAAGGUAGGGGUAGGGGUGUUGGGGGGAUGAGUAUAUAAAUAUAUUUUUAAGAGAGGAUCAUUGAUCACGUUAUGUAUGAUUGCUCUUUUGCUUGGAUCGAUGGAACGUGCUGAAUGAGGUGUCUGAAUAAAUUGGGAUUAAUUUAUUAAACCUUUCCCUCCCCUU